AUGGCCCGUUUGAAAGUCAAAACUAAGGCUGAUGAUCUUACCAGAGUGCGCAACAACCAGCGGAAUUGUCGUGCGCGCCAAAAGGAGUAUAUUCGCGUAUUAGAACAGAAAGUCCAAUAUUACGAGACUUCGCAAAAGCCUCGAUUUGAUGUUAUGCAGAAAAAGAUAGAUCUCCUCUCGGUCGAAACUCAGCUCCUAAAGUACUUUGUUGAGUCCUUAACGUCUCUGGUAAAUUUGGCGUCCGGUUCGCCUCUCCAACCAUUCCACGAGGCCUAUGGAGCGGGAAUUGGAUCAUAUAACACUGGUUCGCUUCUGUCUUCCGGCGACAGCACCACCCUCGGUUUCAUGCCGAGCGCAACCACCGAACUACCAGCCCCCACGUCCAUAAUGAGAGAUAAUGACUAUCUGCGCGGAGGGGGUUUUAGUUUGUCGGAGACUUGCCUCCCCGAGGGCUCCCUUUCUGAUGAAGUAUUUCCAUAUAUGCCACAGUCAUCUAUGAAUAUGACGGAAGAUCUGGAAUUGCUACACUACCCGCCAGUGGAGACAGAGCCUUACAGUUAUUCGGGCUCGCAGUUCGAGCUGUCAGCUUUGGAAAGUCCCACGAUGGACUGCAAAUCUUACCACUCGGAUCUCGCCUUCCAACCCACCAUCUCUUGUGCGGAGGCUUGCGAGCUCUUGAUCAGCUACGUCCGAAAAAAGCCGGAUUUGAUGAGCCUUCACCUUAAACUCCGAAAUGGGUACAAAACUAGCCUUGUGCAGGGGGAGGGAUGCCGCGUUGACUACCAUCUGUUGCUUACCGUUCUUUCAGAGAGGCCAUGA